UUGUUCCGCGCGUGGAGGAUAUUAGUUAAUCAUUCUUCCUCGAAAACUAUACCAGAAUCCAUACUCCUUUAAAAUCUCACAUGACAGAAAUCCAUUAAUGAUUUUGAAAUUCGCUAUUUUCGUCGACGUCGUUUUCACCCCCUCUUCUUCUAGCAAUGGAAUUAUCCAAUUUACGUGUGACGUUACGGAACGCCCACACAGUGUUCAAGCGUUCACUCCGGCGACCGAAAUAAAAGCUGUGAAAGCUCAUGAAGCAAGCCAUUCAAGACGACACUGUCAAAAAAUUUGGAGACUCACAGAAAGCCGUUUUAGGUGAAGUCAACCACAUAACCGGUCCAAGCAGAGACGGAGUUAGGAAAAUCUAGCAUCAUGACAACACACGUCAGACGAGGAAUAGGAACACCACUCCAAGUAAAAGAGGAAACGUUGACAGACACCUUAGAGAAAACGAAAAGCAUCCCGAAGGUGGUGCUGUGGGCAGUACCCCGCAGUAUCUCAACCGCUUUCUUCAGGGCAAUGAUGAAUAAGAAAAAUGUGAAGGUGAUGCUGGAACCAUACGCCCGUGCUUAUUAUUAUGGCAAUGAAAGGGUCAGCACCAGAUAUGGCGAUCAACCCAUCACUGAAAACUGCUCCUUUGAGGACAUCAAAGGGGAAUACGAGGACGAUGUUCAAGACAUGGAAGCCGUGUUCGCCAAAGACAUGGCUUACUACUUGACAAACAACCUGGAAUCGGUGGCCUGUUUGCCCAACGGCUAUUUGCACACUUUUAUGAUCCGCGACCCGAGGAAAUCCAUCAAAUCUCUGUACCGAAUGUCCAUUAAGAAGGAAUUAACAGGCUGGGAUUCAUUUGACCCGUCCGAGGCAGGGUUUGUCGAGCUUUUCAAGCUUUAUCAACUAGCAGUCAAUGAGCUGGGACAGGAACCCAUCAUUGUUGACGCAGACGAUCUCAUUCAGCACCCAGAGGGCAUACUGAAAGCAUAUUGUGCUAAAACGGGCAUCGAGUUCGACCCCAUGAUGCUUAACUGGGAACACAAUAAGCCGGACAUGGAAAUCUUCAAGGAGUGGUUGCCAUGGUUCGAGAACGCUAUGACUUCCAAAUCUUUUCAGUCUUCGGGGCCAUCUGCUAAGCGCCCGCGAAAGGCUGACCAAGACGAGCUUCCCUCUGAGGUUAAGGCGUGUAUUGAAGACUGCAUGCCCUACUACAAGAAGAUGUUUGCCAAACGGUUGCAUCCAUUGUAAAAAUAAUUAAACAAGACCGCGUCCUUCAGUUACUAGUUUGUGACCAUUAGGGUCAUAGCAUUGUUCAAUAGGACGCAGUCAUUAUGCCCCAUACUACAUAACUACUUUGUGUCUGGACGGAGCAGCUACUAGUAGACUUAAUAGACGGCUUUUUGUAACUUCAUUAUUAACUGGAGGGUUCUAGUACUGGUGGUAUGUAGUGUCCUUAUCCCACGGGUAAGGUUAACGGUGUUAUUUUGCACAUUCCAGAAACAUAUAUGGUUACCAAAUAAUCUUACAUCUUCCGUAGAGAUCUCUCAGUUAUAUUUAAAUAUUUAAAAAUCCUUUUCUGAAAUUAGCAAAAAUACAUAUGUAGAUAUCCACAUGGAAAAAGGAAAGCACACUUUCUAAAUCGACAUUGAAAAUGGAUAAAAUGGAAAAUAAUCAACAGGACACUAUACAACAGAAAUCAAGGAGAGCUACACAUUAAUCCCGUUGGAAAAGUGCUCUUUAUACUCCCAAGAGGAAAUGACUGGAAAAGAAAUACCUGUCAAAUAACACAUUUAUCUGAUUUUUAUUUGUGACAAGUUCUGGAUUCACUUCUUGAGUUGCAAUCUGAAUUCCAAGGCGCCUGCGAUCGCACAUAUCUGAUUGCCAUGUUUCAUGUUUUAAUUUUGCAUUCCUCUAUAAACAACUGAAGUUUCAACCCCUCUCGUUAUCUACGGCCCCACGACUUUUCAUGACAAUGGCCCUUACCAAAGCUUUUCUUUAACAGUUCCUGUAAUAACGCAGUCGGUCUUCAUCACGUCUUUUGUCAAAAAAUCUGAUCACUUAUCUGCAUCCUAUCAACCAUUAAUCUACUUGGGGAAUUUUUUAAAGACACUAAUAAUUAUAUCAUCACUAAUUUCGAAAUGCAUUUAUCGCGAUUAUUGAUUUUUAAUCUCGUUCAACAUUCAUCUAUUUUGAUUUUGACAAACAGGAAGCUGUCAUUGUGCCUUAGUUGUAGAUUUAAGCUCGUGUUCGCAAUGAUCAUUGAUUUAUAUUUUACUUGAACAGUUAAUGUCAAACAACUGGCGCAUUCAACAUUAUUAAACGAAGUCUUGCAUUGCGUGAUCUCAUUCCUAGGAUGAAAUGUCAAAUUUCAAUUAAACCGUUGGAUGCGAUACAUGUACAUUUGACAGAUAUGCUUUUGGUUCUGUUCAGAUGAAUGUGGCUUUUGAAAAUAACAGUCAGCAGUAAGGAAGAGCUCUGCUAGUACUACUGAUAAAUGUUACAAAUAUCAUUUCAAGGAAGGAAAGGAAAAACUAUGUUAGUGAUAGGGUUUACACUUUGUAGUGAGUAGCAGUAGAAAUAAAAAACAAAU